AUGGACGACGCGGCAGAGGGGCGAUGGGCAAGUUUACCUGUUAAACUUCAUGAAAACAUUUUGCAAACCCUCGACGAAUGCAACUACGUGUACAUGACACCGGUGCAGUCUGCGUGUAUUCCGCUUUUCAUGAGCAACAAAGACGUGGCUGCCGAGGCGGUGACUGGAAGCGGAAAAACACUUGCCUUUGUAAUUCCCAUAAUAGAGAUUCUUCUGAAAAGAGAAGAAAAGCUCAAGAAAAUGCAGGUUGGUGCUCUGGUGAUAACGCCUACCAGAGAGCUGGCACUUCAGAUCAGUGAAGUGAUGGAGCAGUUCAUUCAUAAGUUUUCUCAGUUUAGCCAAAUUCUACUCAUCGGUGGAAGUAACCCUCUAGAGGACGUGGAGAAAUUUAAGAAACAUGGGGCGAAUAUCAUGAUCGCAACACCGGGCCGCCUGGAGGACAUGUUCAGGAGGAAGGCAGAUGGUCUCGACUUGGCAAACUUAGUCAAGAGUCUGGAUGUGCUGGUUCUGGAUGAGGCAGACAGACUACUGGACAUGGGUUUUGAGGCCAGUCUGAACGCCAUUCUGAGCUUCCUGCCCAAGCAGAGGCGCACGGGCCUGUUCUCGGCCACUCAGACCCGGGAGCUGGAGAAGCUGGUCAGGGCGGGCCUGAGGAACCCUGUGCGCAUCACCGUCAAAGAGAAAGGCGUGGCCGCUUCUGUUGUCCAGAAAACUCCUGCCAGGCUGUGCAACUACUACAAUAUUUGUAGGACAGAGGACAAGUUCAACAAUCUCGUGGCGUUUCUUAGACAACACAAGCACGAGAAGCAGCUGGUGUUUUUCAGCACGUGUGCCUGUGUGGACUACUUUGGCCGGGCUCUGGAGACCCUUGUGAAGAACGUCACGAUCCACUGUAUCCACGGCAAGAUGAAAAACAAGCGGAACAAGAUUUUUGCCGAUUUUCGGGCUGUGAAAAGUGGGAUUCUGGUGUGCACCGAUGUCAUGGCCAGGGGCAUUGAUAUCCCUGACGUAAACUGGGUACUGCAGUAUGACCCGCCCAGCAGUGCAAGUGCCUUCGUACAUCGAUGUGGCCGCACAGCACGGAUUGGUAAUCAAGGCAACGCCCUUGUUUUUCUACUGCCAAUGGAGGAGUCCUAUGUCAACUUCUUGUCCAUCAACCAGAAGUGCCCACUCAAGCAGAUGCCCCCUAUACAUGAUGUUGUGGACGUCCUGCCCAAAGUGAAAGCCAUGGCUCUGGCAGACCGUGCCAUGUUUGAAAAGGGAAUGAGGGCCUUUGUCUCUCACGUGCAGGCCUACGCCAAACACGAAUGUAGUCUCAUCUUCAGGGUCAAAGAUUUAGACUUCGCCUCUCUGGCCUGUGGCUUUGCCCUCCUUCGGAUGCCUAAGAUGCCUGAAAUCAGGGGCAAAACGUUCCCCGAGUUCGCUAGGACGACGGUGGACACAGACACUAUCCGCUACAAGGACAAGAACAGAGAGCGACAGAGGCAGAAGAAGCUGGCCGAGCUGAGAGAGAAAGGCAGGACACAGCCACCCAGAAAGAACUUCGCCAAGAACAAAGCCUGGUCCAAACAGAAGAGCAAGAAGGAGCGCCGGAAAAAGCUGGCUGCAAAGAGGAAGCGGGAUGAGGACUCGGGUGUGUAUGAGGAAGACAUGACCGAGCUGUUAAACGACACCCGUCUGCUGAAGAAACUGAAGAAAGGACAGAUCAGUGAGGACGACUUUGACAAACAAAUAAGUGAACAAAAACCAAAACAGAAAGCAGCAUCACAUACGAGCACCAUCUCCGAAGACAAAGAUGUGUGAACGGCUGACCAUUCUGUCCGGCGUCCUCGCCAGGUCGGCCGCCUUCUGCUUGUCAUAUAGCUGGACACACAACAAAACAGUGUCUUUGAUUGACUUUUGCUGCAGGUAUUAAAGGGACCCACACUCUC